GACCCGUCCCCCCAGUUGUUUAGAGAUAGAGAGCAAAUCCAUGGUCACAGGAUGGAUUUUGCCGUGAUGAUGAGCUGAGAGAGGCGACAUGCUCUGCCUUUGCUGGAUACAGAAUAGCUUCAGGCAGGGAGUCUUGCCUGUUCACACAGCGUUAGUAUCAACACAGUGCAGAUAUGGAGGACACCACAAUGCCAUUGGUCUGAACCUGCUCAUCAGAAAACAAAAAACCCUAAUACUUCUCACUUUAAUAAAUUAAUUAAGUGAUAAGAAAGUCAAUGGGCUUUGGAUGCAGUUGAAGUCCUAAAUACAGAGUGCAGUGGAUUCUGGGAGUAGAGGAGCCAUGUUGUCUGGGAGCAAUGACUUAUUCCAUUCUCUCUGCCACCAGAGAAAUGAUGAGGAGGCAGUGGUGGACAGAGGCGGAACUCGUUCUCUUCUGAAAACACACUUUGAAAAAGAAGAUUUAGAAGGCCACAGAACAUUGUUCAUUGGAGUACAUGUCCCUCUUGGUGGGAGAAAAAGCCAUCGGCAUCACAGACAUCGUGGACACAAACACAGGAAAAGAGAUAGGGAACGUGACUCUGGACUAGAAGAUGGACGGGAUUCUCCUACAUAUGACACACCAUCUCAAAGGGUCCAGUUUAUCCUUGGUACAGAGGAUGAUGAUGAAGAACACAUUCCCCAUGAUCUCUUCACUGAGCUGGACGAGAUUUGCUUACGUGAAGGGGAAGAUGCAGAAUGGAGAGAGAUGGCAAGGUGGCUGAAGUUUGAAGAAGAUGUUGAAGAUGGUGGUGAAAGAUGGAGCAAACCAUACGUUGCUACACUGUCACUUCAUAGUUUAUUUGAGUUGAGAAGUUGUAUCCUACAUGGAACUGUUCUCCUGGACAUGAGAGCUAACACAUUAGAAGAAAUUGCAGACCUGAUUCUUGAUCAGCAAGUAGCCUCUGGGCAGCUGAGUGAAGAUAUACGUCACAGAGUCCAUGAGGCAUUACUGAAACAGCAUCACCAUCAGAACCAGAAGAAACUAAGCAAUAGAAUUCCAAUAGUCCGGUCAUUUGCAGAUAUUGGCAAGAAACAGUCAGAGCCACAUUCCAUGGAUAAAACUGCAGGUCAGCUUGUGUCUCCCCAGUCUGCUCCCUCCUGCAUUGAACAUAAAAAUGAUGUCAGCAGAGAGAACAGUACCCUAGAUGUCACAAAGUUUGACUUGCAUUUUAUGAAGAAGAUCCCUCCAGGAGCAGAAGCUUCCAAUAUCCUAGUUGGAGAGCUGGAAUUUUUAGAUCGAGCUAUAGUAGCCUUUGUUAGACUAUCCCCAGCAGUGUUGAUCUCGGGACUCACAGAAGUUCCUAUUCCUUCUAGGUUUUUAUUUAUCCUUUUGGGACCGCUCGGAAAGGGACAACAAUAUCAUGAGAUUGGAAGAUCAAUUGCGACUCUCAUGACCGAUGAGGUAUUUCAUGAUGUUGCUUACAAAGCUAAGGAUCGGAAUGACUUGGUUGCAGGAAUAGAUGAAUUUUUAGACCAAGUCACUGUGCUUCCUCCAGGAGAGUGGGACCCCACAAUUCGAAUUGAGCCACCCAAGAGUGUUCCAUCACAGGAGAAACGUAAAACUCCAGGAGUUCCAAAUGGGACAGCAGCAUUAAGUGAGCCAGAGGAGCAUGGGGGGCAUAGUGGACCAGAGUUACAGAGAACUGGAAGGUUUUUUGGGGGACUGAUAUUAGAUGUCAAGAGGAAAGCUCCAUUCUUCUGGAGUGACUUCAAGGAUGCUUUCAGCUUACAAUGUUUAGCUUCAGUCUUGUUCCUUUACUGUGCUUGCAUGUCUCCUGUUAUCACAUUUGGAGGUCUUCUUGGAGAGGCAACUGAAGGUCGUAUAAGUGCAAUAGAAUCUCUUUUUGGAGCAUCAAUGACAGGGAUAGCCUUUUCCUUGUUUGGUGGACAGCCGCUAACAAUUUUGGGGAGCACCGGACCAGUGUUGGUAUUUGAAAAGAUAUUGUUCAAAUUUUGCAAGGACUAUGACCUAUCGUACCUUUCUUUAAGGGCAAGCAUAGGUCUUUGGACUGCGUUUAAUUGUAUUUUCCUGGUCGCCACUGAUGCAAGUUCUCUCGUAUGUUACAUUACCCGAUUUACAGAGGAGGCAUUUGCGUCUCUCAUUUGCAUCAUUUUCAUUUAUGAGGCCUUAGAAAAGCUGAUUCAUCUAGGUGAGACAUAUCCAAUCAACAUGAAUAAUAAUUUGGAACUUCUAACACAGUAUUCAUGUAACUGUAUGGAACCAGAAUAUCCCAACAAUAAAACCCUGAAUUAUUGGAAGGCAUCUAAUAUAACGGCUUCGGAAAUAUCUUGGAACAACCUAACUGUGGAUGCUUGCCAUAACUUCCAUGGAGAUUUUGUCGGUAGAGGCUGUGGACAUGAAGGGCCUUAUGUUCCUGAUGUGCUUUUUUGGUCGGUCAUUUUAUUCUUUGCAACCGUUGCAAUGUCAUCGACACUGAAACAAUUCAAAACCAGCCGCUAUUUCCCAACAAAGGUGCGAUCCAACGUCAGUGACUUUGCUGUUUUUCUCACCAUCUUGACCAUGGUUAUAGUCGACUAUUGUAUUGGAAUUCCAUCUCCUAAGCUUCAAGUCCCAAGUGAAUUCAAGCCCACAAGAGAUGACCGCGGUUGGAUUGUUAACCCAUUAGGACGCAACCCUUGGUGGACAGUAAUUGCUGCAAUUAUUCCAUCUUUACUAUGUACAAUUCUAAUCUUUAUGGACCAACAGAUUACAGCUGUUAUUAUCAACAGGAAAGAACACAAGUUAAAUAAAGGAUGCGGCUAUCACCUGGAUCUUUUGAUGGUUGGAGUCAUGCUUGGUGUAUGUUCUGUCAUGGGACUUCCAUGGUUUGUAGCUGCCACUGUCCUCUCUAUAACACAUGUCAACAGUCUGAAACUGGAAUCAGAGUGCUCAGCACCUGGAGAGCAACCCAAGUUUUUGGGUAUUCGUGAGCAAAGAGUGACUGGGCUUAUGAUUUUUGUUCUGAUGGGCUCUUCUGUUUUCAUGACAAGGGUUUUGCAGUUUAUUCCCAUGCCAGUCCUCUACGGAGUCUUUCUUUAUAUGGGAUCCUCAUCACUAAAGGGAAUUCAGUUCUUUGAUCGGACACUGCUCUUCUGGAUGCCGGCAAAGCACCAGCCAGAUUUCAUCUACCUGAGGCACGUUCCUCUCCGCAAAGUUCAUCUCUUUACCGUCAUUCAGCUCAGCUGUCUUAUACUUCUGUGGGUGAUUAAAGCUUCUAGGGCUGCCAUUGUGUUUCCAAUGAUGGUCUUAGCUCUGGUAUUUGUAAGGAAGCUAAUGGACUUUUUUUUCACUAAACGGGAACUAAGUUGGCUUGAUGAUUUAAUGCCAGAAAGUAAGAAAAAGAAACUGGAGGAUGCUCAAAAAGAGGAAGAACAAAGCAUAUUGGCACUGGAAGAUGAAGUAACAGUGCAACUACCACUUGAAGAGAAUUUCAGGGAGGACCCAUCAGUAAUAAACAUUUCAGAUGAAAUGGCAAAAACGUCUGUGUGGAAGACUCUGCUCAUAACUUCAGACAAUUCAAAGAAUAAGGAAUCCAGUGUACCCACUAAAAGCUCUGAAAGCAAGAAAAAGAAAAAAGCUGCCUCAGGGAAAGGAUUCGACAGGGAGACUUGUCUCUGACUUGCUCUUCGGUCUAUUUUUGCAAGAAGAGGAAAAAGAAUAACCGUGUUGUAUUGAAUCACUCAACUGGAAAUUGUCCCAUCCUUUAGCAGUUCUAUUUUUUAAACAGAAGCAGUACCCCAUUCACUGUCAGGAGGAGUCGGCAAUAAAGUCUUUUUUAUGCGGUGGUAGGGGUGUUAGACAAAAGUGAUUUUAUUUAUUUUUUUGCAGAAUGCUCUAUUAAUUACAUAGCUACAAAGUUUCACAAAGGUUUUGUUUGCUUACUUGCACUGCUAUUGGUCAUAUCACACUUAAAGAUUUAUCAGAGGUUGAAUUGGCAUUUCUUGACAUUUUACCAGCAGUUAUUAACCUUUUCCUGAUUUUCUGGAGUUUGAAUAAUGUUCCAAAUACACCCUUUCUCCCACUGGGUUUUUCAUAAGAAAAUGUUGGGCAGUCAAAUUUUAUUGUUUUCUAGUGGCUAAAAUCUCAAACUUUUAUCACAACAACUGAGUUGUAAAAUCAAGGAAAACAAUUCUGAUUAAGGCUAAUUUUAAAGUGGUAAUAUGACCCCUUUGUGAUUAUUUGGUGGGCAUUUCCAGAUAAUGGUAAAUAUUUGUUUUGAAAUGUAUCUGCUAGGUACCUGGGUUAAAUUAAACUUCUGGAUCCUUGGGCAUCAACAACAAAACCAUAUGAUAAUGGUCUUAUAUUAGGGACAGAAUAUGCCAGGCUAAAUAUUCAUCUUUUAGUAAAUCUUGCCAAUUUUAUGGUUUUCUUUUAUACUUUGCCAAUUAAUGUAUAUAGCUGUAUAUGUACCAGAUGCUAGAUUUAGUUUAGAGCUUACCAGAUAUUCUAGCUUAGAAUUUAUUAAAAAUAUAUUGAAGAAACGUACCUGUGGUUUUUAAUGGACCAAAAGGAACGGAUGUAAAUAAUAUCCUUAAUAAAAUACAUGUAUGGGAUUUUUUAUCUGGAAUCCCAUUAUCCAAAAUGAUCUAAAACCAGCAAUGCCCAUCAAUGUAUUAUUUUGAUAAACAGUUCUUUUAUUGUUAAUGGUUCUCGUUUCCUAUGAAACAGGCAACUAAUGGAGCUAGCCCAAUAUUAGUCAAAGAAAUUAUAUUUUUCCAAUGCUUAAGAAAGCAAGUGUAUAUGAUCAUUUUUUUGUGCAAGUGCAAUGAUUUCAAAAUAUUGCACAUUGAAUGAAAAUGUUACCUGUGUUUAUCCCUAUUUCUCUUCUCCGUCCUAAGAUGACAACUUGUUCACUAAAGUGCUUUGCACCAUUUUUAUAAACAAUUACCUAUAUGUGUCUCUGUCAUGUACGCCUUGUUAAACAGAAGAGGUUUAUAUUAAUGGGCAGAUUUAUCAAAAUUUAAAUUUUUACAUCAAUCAAAAUAUUUUUGUGGCAAAACUUGAAAAUUACAAUUCAAAUAUCUCAAGAUUUUAAAUUUCAAUAUUUAUUAAGUAGAAAAAGCUCAAAUACAAAAGUCCACCAGCUGGGGAGCUCAUGUCAAUGGCAAUUGUGUUGGUAAGAUUCAAGCUAUUUUUAAAUGCAAGUUUUCAAGAUUUGAAAUUCAAAAUUAGGUAGGCUCAUUGAUGGGUACAAUAUAAUUUCAUUAUGUUUGAGUUUUUAAGCAAACAUGUUUUCUAUUUAGUUUUUUCAUAAAUAAGGCGCAAUUGAGAUUUUUGGGUUUUACAUAUAUGUAAAAAACUUUAAAAUACUGAAUUUUGAUAAAUCUGCCUCUAAAUCUCAGAUCUGGUUGAUAUUUAUUCAGAACAGUUAUUGAUGGUGGUGCAGGUGCAAAAUGCAUGGUGCAUGUCACCGCCUGUGCUGCAGGUCAGAACUUCUUUGCUUGUUGCCCUGACUUAAUUUAUUCCUCUAGUCCUUCUAGUGACUGUAUGUGAUAUACUUUGUAGUUAGACAGUUGGUGUAUAGAAAGCACUUCUGGUUGGAAGAACCAUAAAUUAAUCCAAAAAUCUUUAUGGGAGAAAUCAAUAAAAGUUAAAAACAGGAAAAGUAAACAAAAGUCUUCUUUGCACAUUUAUUAAAUAUGCAUUUUGAAAACAGUGUUUUAAUAAAAAAUUGUGUAACGUUAUUUAAUAAAAAAAUGUAAAAUGUAAAUUUAUUUAAAAUUGGCAUACAAUACUAUAUUACAUUAUGCAAUUUUUUCUUUAACUACUGAAUUCUUAUUCCACAUAAUACUUUUAUUAAAUUCUCUCAUUAAUGUCUAUUCAAAAUGAAUAAUAUGCAGUAAAAAUAAAUUACGAGCACUUAGCCAAAGUUGUAUCUUACAUGUUGAUCAUAAGAGUUUGUUAAGUCUUUAAAAUUAUAUUCUCCACAAUUUGUUUUGCAUGAAAGACCACAUAACCAUUAUGCCAGCCACUUGUUUUUGAGAAGUAACUAUUUUCAUUGACGUUGGCCAGUAAAUUAGCUCAUUUUGUAUUAUCAAGUUGUGACACCUUAAAAAUUAAUUGGCUGCUUUGUUGAGGUGAAGACACAGGGAUACAUAAGACACCCAGUUCAUUCUGCUUCUAUAGUAGAAUACACAAUAUUUGGAAAUGCAGUCCCUUUCAGUUACUUUGUGCUAUAAGUCAUUUUUUAAUACAUUAAAAACUUGUUAUAAGAUUAAAUAAAAAAGCAAAAAUAACACAAUACUUUUAAAGGUUAGUGUUUUACCCACUAUUUUGGCAACAAUAGCUAUUGUGGAGACAAUGCAUUGCAAUCAAUACCAGCAUAAAUAAUUUGUCUCAUUCUGGGCUUUGUUUUAAGACUGUGUACAUAUUUAUAUACCUAGAAAUGUGUAAGUAUAUUUAGACAACUCCAGCAAAAUACAAAACAAUACAAUACUUUUGUACAAUCUAGAUAUAUAAAAUUAUUUUUUUCUAAAUAAGUAUUUUAUUUUUGCUCUCUGAUAGAAAGUCAGUUAUGAGUAUUUUCUGUGCUGAGUAUGGAAUUAAGUAUUGCAAAUUAAACUGAAUUCAGCAGUAGAGCUCCCUACUAGGGUUGCCAACAGGCUGGUUUUCUUUGUGAUGUACACGAGAAACACUAUACACUUCUGUAGGUGUUAACUAGGCCACUUUUUUUUGUGGAAAAUGGGCAAGGGCGGGCCAGUGACAUUGGGGUGAGUCAGUGACAUCGGGGGUGAGCUAGUGAUUGGCUGAUCGCAUGUCAUUCACUUCAAUGUCCUGUCUGGAUUUCCUAAUUUGGACCCUUCCAAAAACCGAGCUGUCCGGAUGAAAUCCAGACAGGUGGUAACCCUAGUGGUAACUCUAAAAACCAUUCCUGUUGACUUCUAUUGAUUUCAGCACAAGGAACCCUACUACACAUCUAUGUUUGUCACCAAAAUGUUUAUCAGUACAGUGUAUUUGUUACAACUAUGAACUAACCCCAUGUGUAGGCUUCCUUAUCCCAUUGUUUUGGGGGCAGAUUCAUUAUCCAUUGAUGCUUGGUUAUUGAUAAAACAACAUCAGCCAACAUUAUUUAAUUUGGUUGUAUUUCUAACUUUUUUUUCUAACAAUUGUCUUUUUUAUACUCUUUGUUGGAUUUUUCCCACACAAUCAUGGUUUUUUUUUUAAUAAAAAGUUUACCACCUGAAACCUAGCAAACCUUAUUGAAAAAAAAAAAAAAAGAUUGUACAAAGAUUCUACAUAAGAAAAAAAGGCAGUUGAAGAACUUAAAAUUUCUGAUAUCAUUUCAAACUAAUCUCUCCAUGGAUAAUCAAUGGAUAAUAAAUAUUCCUUGCUAUGAACCCAGUAGAGUUGGGAGAGCAGAAUGUUGUAAACGUCUCAAAUGAUUGUUUUAACUCAUGUUACAUCUGUCACUUACUGAUGUUUUAUAUAUGUGCAGUGCAUUGUAUUAUUUCAUGUUAUUAACCAUAAGGAAAUGUAAAUGUGUGACUUGCAGUUCUUAAUGUUUUUAUGAAAUAUGAACCAUUUUUUCCCCAUCAGCUUUUUGAGAUGCAGUGAGUUUUGCAGAGUAUGUCUAACAGGCUUUUAUCCACUUAAAUAUUCCUACAGAACUGUGCUUAGCCCUAGUAAAUUCCUGCACUGGCACAAUUGUAUGGUGACUCUCUCUCUCUCUAUAGACUAUGUAAAAACCCAUGGAGUUGCCCCUGCAAUCAAGAAUGUAAUGACCCUAUGUGAAUGAUUCCACUCACAAUUAUAUAAUAUAAUACUGCUGAGACUGCUAAAUCACACUCAUAUCUUCAAUUUUUGCAAUUGGAUUACAACACAACUGGAUUACGACACAAGAGGACCAUGGGAGCCUAAGAGACAAUGGCAGUUUAGAAACAUAUUCAUGCUGAGAGGAAAUGAAAAAAAAAGAAAAAUACAUUCCAAUGUAUAUUGGAUAUUUCAGAAUAUCAUUUUAAUUAAAUAAAUUCAAAUUAUAAAAAAUGGGUACAUUGGCUCUUUAAAGGCUUUGCCAUAUUCUGUGUAAUUUCCAACAACUGCCAAACAUUUAGCUACACAAACAUUUUUAUCAUGUGCUCAUAGGGGAACCUGUGUCCUUCCGCCAUCUGGUACCACCGUCACACCCACCAUUAAUUUAAAGUAAUACAUUUUAAACAUUUUUAAAUUGUAUUUCUUUUCUCUUAUCUAUCAAAUGGAAAGGCCAAUAACUAUAGGGCGACCUGAAAAUCAUUAAAAAAAAAUAAAAGUGAAUAUCUUGCAGCCUAAAAACUCGUUGAGAUUUCAUAGAAGCAUAGACGUUUUUUAUUGCAUUUAUUUCUCAAAAUUAACCUAUUUGAAAAUUUAAUACAAAAAUUUUUCCCAAAAAUUUAAAUUUUAACAAAUAUGCCCCUAUAUCAUAUAUUGUGCCCCUAAAUUUUUGCAGUGAAACUGCUGCCCAUACAAAUGAACAGCAAGAGGAAAUGCUGAAUGGGCUGCAGAUUAAGUGGUUCAAGAAAUACUGUCCUGUUUCGCCUUGAAAUGUUUUACAGUUAAAAUUUCACAUACUGUAUGCUUGAUCUACACCAUAGGAGUUCUAGAUCGCAAGAUGAUCACCGAUAAUGUAAAAUCUGGCUUGAGGUAGAAUCGGCUCUGAUUUGCACAACUGUAGCUUUUAAGAAUUUUCAACAUCCCAAACUAAUUUUAUGGUCAUCUGCUCUACAUACCAGGGACGGAUACCGGCAGACAUUGUGGCGGGAAACCAAGUUAUUCCAUUGAGUAUUUGAAUUCAGUUUUCUUAUGUUUAUGUAAACGUCAGUAAAUGUUUGUGAAAUUCUUGUUUAUUCUAGCCAAUUCAACUGCAGAAAAAAAGAGUGCAGAAUGCAACCUGUGUGAUGUUCGGCUUCCCUUUAAUUUCCUAUUUACAGUAAUAAAGGAAAAAAACUGUUUUGAUGUUAUUUAUUACAGAUGUUUAUGUAUCGUGUGGUUGUGCAUAAGUUGUGAUUUCACCUUCCAUUACAUGAAAAAAAUAAAUAUUUAGUACCUU